UACAUUUCGAUUUAGUUCCUCAACCGCCAACAGCCCUCUUGUUUUCUAAGACAGCGUGCUAACUGGGGCCGCGAUUCUCGCCCCUACUUAUUAUAACAUGUCGGUGACCAAGAUAACGAUGGGGGGUGGUCAGAACCCGGAACUGCCGGCGUACGAAUACGAACCCCUACCGGGGCCGGGGCAUUUCCGCAUCCUGCGACUGCAGUUCGGGGCCAGCGACGACGACAUCCCUACGUGCACGCUGGAGACGCACGCGCUCUCGGCAGCACCGGCAUACAAGACGCUCAGCUACGUGUGGGGCACAGGCGGGCAGACACAGCCGCUGCUAGUCCAGUGCGGAGAAGAACAGGAGAAGCGCGUCAUCAUGGUAACGGCGAGCCUGGACACCGUCCUCCGGCGCUUCCGGCCGGGACCCAUGUCAUAUUCCUCAGCGCGCACCGCCGGCUGGGCGCUAUGGGUCGACCAGAUCUGCAUCAACCAGGGCGACGUCGACGAGCGGUCUGAGCAGGUGCAGAUGAUGCGGGACAUCUACGUGCAGGCGGCGUCGGUGCUGAUCUGGCUGGGGCCCGACGGCUCCAGGUCGGCGCCGCACGCCAAGGCACUGCUGGCCAAGCUGGCCGCGAUCCGCAGGAGCCCCGGGUGGACGCGCUUCCCCAAGGACCACCAGCUGCGCGCCGUCGGGCUGCCCCCACGCGCGGCGCCGGUGUGGGCCGCGCUGCAGGCCAUGCUGAAAAACACGUAUUUCGAGCGCACCUGGGUCAUCCAGGAGGCCGUCUUCGCCAGGGAAGCCGACAUCUGGUGGGGGCGGACCCGGAUCCCGUGGUCGACCUUUGAGAGCGGCUACGUCAUCGCCUCGCUCAACAUGAUGUACGAGCCCGACGCCGAACCGUCGUGCCCGCAGCUGUCGCUGGGGCGGGUGCAGGCGCUUGUGCAGUCGAGGUUGCAGCGCGAGUCGUCGGUCGGCUGGCUGCUGAUGCUGCGCCUGACCGAGCACCACAAGGCAACCGACUCGAGAGACAAGGUGUACGCUCUGGUCGGCAUCGUCAACGAGCCCGCCCCGUUCAAGGUCGACUAUUCGUUGCCUGCGGCGCGUGUGUACACCCAGAUCACGCGGCAUAUCAUCGAGCAGUCCAAGAGCCUCGAAAUCCUGAGCUCGUUCCACCCUCUCGACCCGACCUCGCCGGCCGACGACGGGCUCCCGCGCUGGGUCCCCGCGCUGGAUCGCCCGUCCGAGACGACUACCGAGGUUGAGUGGUUCGAUGCAUCUCGGAAAAGCGAGGCGUGGUGGAAAGGGGGUCCGGGAGCAGCAGUACCGGGGGACUGGAAGACCCUGACCGUGUCGGGCCUUUCGAUCGACACAGUCGAGGCGGCCAGCGAGGUCAUCGGCCAGACCGGGACCGAGUUCAACGACGAAUGGCGGCGGAGAAUCGUCGCGGCGUUUGCCCUGCUGUGCGAGCACGCAGCGGCAGCAGAGAAAGUCUAUGGGGCGGACCUGAUCCGGCCGUUUGCGUGCGCCUUUGCUGGCGGCUCAACCAUCGACGACAACGGGCUGCCGCAGCCGGCCGACCAAGACGAGCUGCUCCUCCGCUUCGCAAUCUUCAUCAACGACAACUUCAUGCAGGACCUGCUGGGGGACAAGGCGAGCGACAUGCAGGGCUUCGGCGCAUUCCACCGGCUCGCCGAGGUCGCAUUGGACGCCCGAUCCGCUUCCAGCGGCCCAGCUCCGAAGAACAUCACGCUGGACCCAAAGUUCCGAGAGUCGCUACGCGCGCGUCUCGCGAGAGUGCACCCAAACGACGCCGAGGCGGUCAGCAAGACGGCGGCGCUCAUCCUGCGGUGCAUCCGCUUGCAAGACCGCGAGGCGACGCAGCGCUUUGCCUACGUCGCGCAGAGAUUCGGGUGGCGGGACAAGCGCUUCUUUGUCACCAGCAGCGGGCGCAUCGGGAGCGGGCCGCAGCAGCUGGAGGAGGGCGACAGCAUCUGCUUGCUUCAUGGCGGCGCAACCCUGUUUGUCCUCAGACCUACCCCCUCGCCCGUGGAGGGAGAAGACUGCCAUUAUUACCUCGGAGAAUGCUAUGUCCAGGGGCUGAUGAAGGGUGAGGGUAUGGAUCUGGGGAAGCCGAGCGAGUGGUUUAACCUGAGAUAGGUGGCAGCUCGCCCGUCGGGGUUCCUCGCGGCCUGCAUGGACGAGAGCAGAGAGACUUCGACUCCCAGGUUUAUACAUAUGUAAUUGAGCCGAGCUUUCAUACGCCAAGUGAAUCUCGCCCGUCUAGGUUAAUUACACCACACUCGCUUCGGAAUGAUAACUCGAAUUUGA